AUGACAUCUUGUUUGCAACCAUUUGAAGAAGUUGAAGAAACCAAAGUCGAUAAAGAUGAAGCCGAAGAAGCUAAAGUUAAAGAAGCUGAAGUUAAAGAAGCUGAAAUCAAUGUUAAGAAGAGUGAUUAUAUCCAGAUUGAUAAUAAUCUUAAAACAGAAGAAGUUACUAUUAAUAAAGCUGCAAUUAUCAAAGAAAUUUGCUAUCAGUCUGAUUUAAGUAAUAAUAAUAAGGAUA